UCUCUUGUGUCUCCAGCAGCAAGGAAAAGACACUCUCCCAACAACAACAACAACAACAAAAAAGACAUCGUCCUCAGCUACAAACAAAAACAAGGAGUCGCGGGGUGGGGAAGGAAGCAGAGAGUAAAAUCCCACACACACACACACGAGAGAAAGAAUUACCUGGGGACAAAAACAGAGGAGAAAAUUCAGAUGCAAUCUCCAACAACUCUUCUUUCUCUUUCCCUUGUGAAGCUCCAAGCAACCAAGGCAUUCAUGCGGUAGAGGGACGGAAGCCGUUGGUAACAUUUUGGGGUUGUUGGAGUGGCUGGAUUUUUCCUGGAAUUGAGCAAUAAAUUCAGAAGACUGAAGCCCAGGCUUACUGUCUACCUUUCACGGAGGCCAAGCCGUGAGAGGACAGAGGAAGGAACGUGGCGAAUCAUGACAGCAGAUAAGGAGAAAGAUCGCGAUCGGGACAAGGAGAGAGAGAGAAGGGAUAAACGAGAGAAUGAGCAUUCCAGGCCACGUCGCAGCUGUACUUUGGAAGGAGGUGCUAAGAAUUAUGCAGAAAGUGACCACACUGAAGAUGAAGAAAAUGACAAAGACAGUGCUACUAAUGAGGAUGCUGGGAAGAAGUCAAAAAUAAAAAAAACACCAAAAAAGAAAUCACGUUAUGAGAGAGCAGAGACCGGUGAUAUAACUUCAUUUGUAACAGAGGACGAUGUUGUCUACAGGCCUGGAGAUUGUGUUUAUAUAGAGAGUCGUCGCCCCAACACACCUUACUUUAUCUGCAGUAUCCAAGAAUUCAAACUGGCUGAAAUCUGUGCUCGCCAAUCGUCUAAUGCCCAAGGAAGACUUCGUAAUCUACUACCUGAACCAAGCAAACGGGACCACCUGUUAAUGAAUGUCAAGUGGUACUAUCGUCAGUCAGAGGUGCCAGAUUCAGUCUACCAGCAUCUGGUUCAGGAUCGACACAACGAGAAUGAUUCUGGCCGUGAGCUUGUGAUCACAGACCCAGUAAUUAGGAGUCGGGAACUCUUCAUUUCGGAUUAUGUAGACACCUACCAUGCAGCAGCACUCAGAGGGAAAUGCAAUAUUAUACAUUUUUCUGACAUAUUUGCUGCCAGAGAGUUUAAGCCACGACCGGACCAAUUUUUUUAUAUACUGGGCUAUAACCCAGAGACAAGGAGGCUGAAUAGCACCCAGGGAGAAAUCCGUGUGGGGCCUAGUCAUCAGGCUAAACUUCCAGAAUUGAAGCCUGUUCCCCUGUCCACUGGUGAAAUGGUAACUGAACACGAGGAGCUGGUCUGGACGCCAGGUGUCAAUGAUUGUGAUCUUCUGAUGUACCUAAGAGCUGCCAGGAGUAUGGCUGCCUUUGCAGGGAUGUGUGAUGGUGGAUCUACAGAAGAUGGCUGUCUUGCAGCAUCUCGUGAUGAUACAACAGUAAAUGCUUUAAAUACUCUCCACGAGAGCUGUUAUGAUGCUGGAAAGGCCUUGCAGCGACUUGUUAAAAAGCCUGUGCCCAAGUUGAUAGAAAAGUGCUGGUCCGAUGACGAAAUGAAACGCUUCAUUAAGGGCUUGAGACAGUACGGCAAGAACUUCUUCAGGAUCCGUAAAGAGCUGCUUCCAAAUAAGGAGACGGGUGAACUGGUGACAUUUUAUUACUAUUGGAAGAAGACUCCUGAAGCAGCUAGCUCUCGUGCUCAUCGAAGGCAUCGCAGACAGGCAGUAUUUAGAAGAAUUAAGACACGGACUGCAACAACCCCAGUGAAUCCAUCUCGGCCACCAUCUGGGGAAUUCUUGGAUCUCAGCUCUGCCAGUGAGGAUGACUUUGACAGUGAAGAUAGUGAACAGGAGCUGAAGGGCUACGCCUGUCGUCAUUGCUUCACCACCACAUCCAAAGACUGGCACCACGGAGGAAGGGACAAUAUAUUACUGUGCACAGAGUGUCGAAUUCACUUCAAGAAAUACGCAGAACUGCCGCCUAUCGAUAAACCAGUGGAUCCACCACCAUUUAUGUUUAAACCAGUCAAAGAAGAAGAAGAUGGGCUCAGUGGGAAACAUAGCAUGAGGACCAGAAGGAGCAGGGGCUCGAUGUCUUCACUGCGCAGUGGUCGGAAAAAGCAGACAGCCAGCCCUGAUGGUAGGACCUCGCCUAUCAAUGAAGACAUCAGGUCCAGUGGCCGUAAUUCUCCCAGUGCUGCCAGCACAUCCAGUAAUGAUAGCAAAACAGACUCUCUGAAAAAAUCCAGCAAGAGAUCAAAGGAUGAUGUAUCAUCACCAUCAAAGAGUGCCAAACGCCAAAGAGAAAAGGCUGCUUCUGAUACAGAAGAAUCCGAAAGAUUAAAUGCAAAGAAAUCCAAAACGCAGGAAAUCAGUAGACCAAAUUCACCAUCUGAAGGAGAGAGUUCUGACAGCCGCAGUGUUAAUGAUGAAGGAAGCAGUGAUCCAAAGGAUAUCGAUCAAGACAAUCGCAGCACGUCACCAAGUAUACCGAGCCCAAGGGACAAUGAGAGUGAUUCUGAUUCCUCUGCACAGCAACAAGUAUUACAGCCUCCUCCGCCUCCAGUGCAUCAGAAUCCAUGUGCCUCUUUGCCAUUAGCACCACUGGAACCACCACAGAUGCCCCCUCCGGCAUCAUCCUGUGCUGUAUCAGUUUCUCAACAAUUGUCUCCAGUUUCACAGCCUCAAAGUCAGACACCCCCUCAUUCACUGAUGCAGCCUGCACCACAGCUUCAUCCCCAGAGACUAACAUCACCGCACCCUCCGAUUCAGCAGCAGUUGCAACCUCAGUCACAACCUCUUCCCCAGACACAGCCUCAGCUUCACACUCAGGUGCAACCAUUGCCUCAUUCUCUGCAAGCUCAGUCGCACAUACAGCAUCAACUUCAAGGUCCGCCAUUCUCAAUCAAUCCUCAGCCUCCACAGCCUCAGAUACAGCCGGCUUCUGCACAGGGGCCAACUACAACGCACUCUCAGCAACACACUCCUACACAAGUCCAAGCACAGCCUCCACAACCUCCCCAAGUACAACCACAGUCACAACCUCCAAGAGAGCAGCCUUUGCCACCUGCUCCUGUGACUAUGCCUCACAUUAAGCCACCCCCCACAACACCAAUUACUCCUGUUUCUAACCCACAGUCACACAAACCACCAAACCACCUUGCAGGACCACCUCCCUUCCCACAAAUGCCUUCAAAUUUGCCGCCCCCUCCAGCUUUAAAGCCAUUGAGCUCUCUUUCCACCCAUCACACUCCCUCUGUUCAUCCACCUCCGUUGCAGUUAAUGCCUCAAACUCAACAGAUUCAGCCUCCUUCUGCUCAACCCCCAGUGUUAACUCAAGCUCAGAGCCUUCCGGUGACUGCAACUCAUCCUCAAGCAGUACCGCACCCAGUUCCUUCGCAGCUGCCAUAUGCCCAUCAUUCUUUCAUCCCAUCAGGGGCUCCUGCCAUCGCCUCUUCAUCAGCAUCUACUGCAUCAAGUGUUGCACCCAUCUCUACCAUUCAGCCUACAGCUUCCAUUGUUACAUCUAUGUGUUCUGCUGGGAGCAUCGCUAAUACUCCGCCUGCUACAGUGACGAGCAUUCAGAUUAAAGAGGAAAUGCAGGAUGAACCCGACGAUCCAGACAGUCCUCCUCCAUCUCCAAACAGGAGUCCAUCUCCAGAACCAACUAUUGUUAGCGCACCCAGCCAUGCCAGUCAGUCAGCCAGGUUCAUCAAACAUUUGGAUCGAGGUUACAAUUCCUGUGCACGAUCAGACUUGUACUUUGUGCCACUGCAAGGAUCAAAACUCGCCAAGAAACGGGAAGAAGUAAUCGAAAAGGCUAGGCGGGAAGCUGAGCAGAAGGCCAGAGAAGAGAAGGAGAAGGAGAAGGAAAAAGAAAAGGAGAGAGAACGCGAACGGGAACGUGAGAGGGAAGCUGAAAGAGCAGCGAAAGCUUCAAGCUCCUCCCAUGAGGGACGCAUGGCAGAAUCUCAACUUGUUGGGCCAGCUCAUUUAAGACCUUCGUUUGAACCACCACCCACUACCAUCGCAGCUGUCCCUCCAUACAUUGGACCAGAUACUCCAGCACUACGGACUCUCAGUGAAUAUGCAAGACCGCAUGUCAUGUCUCCAACCAAUCGUAACCAUCCAUUCUUUGUUCCAUUAAAUGCCUCUGAUCCAAUCCUGGCUUACCAUAUGCCAAGCCUCUAUAGCGCUGACCCUGCAAUGAGAGAACGUGAGCUACGUGAAAGAGAGAUUCGGGAGAGAGAGAUUCGUGAAAGGGAGUUCCGUGAAAGGAUGAAGCCAGGCUUUGAGGUUAAGCCACCUGAACUGGACGGUCUGCACCCAGCUGCUAAUCCUAUGGAUCCAUUUGCUAGGCAUGGUGCAUUAACAAUCCAACCAGCAGCUGGAGCUCAUCCGUUCCCUCCUUUCCACCAUGGAUUGAAUCCUCUAGAAAGAGAAAGACUUGCACUUGCAGGCCCUCAGUUGCGGCCUGACAUGUCUUAUGCUGAUAGACUGGCAGCAGAAAGAAUACAUGCUGAACGCAUGGCAUCUCUUGCAAAUGACCCACUUACAAGACUGCAGAUGUUCAAUGUGACGCCACAUCAUCACCAGCAUUCACACAUACAUUCGCACUUACACCUACAUCAGCAAGAUCCAUUGCACCAAGGUUCAGGAGGUGUGCAUCCAUUGGUGGAUCCUCUAGCAGCUGGGCCCCAUUUGGCUCGUUUUCCAUACCCACCAGGUGCAAUACCCAACCCACUAUUGACCCAGGCUCCACAUGAACAUGAAAUGCUCAGGCAUCAUCCUGUCUUUGGUGGACCAUAUAGAGACCUGCCUGGUGCUAUCCCAGCUCCGAUGUCAGCAGCACACCAACUGCAGGCAAUGCACGCCCAGUCAGCAGAACUACAGAGACUAGCAAUGGAACAGCAAUGGCUACAUGGCCAUCACCAUAUGCACGGAGGUCCUCUUCCUGGGCAAGAAGACUAUUAUAGGCAAGGUGGAAACCCUAGCUGCACCUGUUUAUGUAACCCAUAAAGACUGACUGGUGAAUUCUGUGAGCCGUCUGAAAAAGGAAAGUGACAAACCACUUUAAUUCCUGAACCAUAUGAAGGCUCACUGAGACGGGCAAAGGUCAAUCAACCAGUACUUUGGAAGGAGCUCUGACAUCCUGCAAGAAUGACAAAAAGAGAUCUUCCUAAAAAGAUUUCCAACCCCAUCCCCUCACCCCACCAAAAAAGAUCGUAUGAUUUUAUUUUGUAAUAUUCAUCUGUGGAGGGGGCUGGCUGUGGAUCGUUGCACGACAUUGCAUUUGAUUAUAUGACAGUCAAAAAUGCACGCUGAGCAGUGUUUCCAGCUGUUCUUGUAAUGGUACUAGACCGAGUUUCAAACGGUCACUGCACAAUGCAACCUAACUAAAACAAAACACAAAAAGUUAACAGAUUUAAGUUCUGAUUAUAAGUACUAUAGUACAUUUUAUUACUCCUUAAAUAAUAUGUAGGAUAUCCUCAUAAUUUUAAAGAAAAGUCAAAUCUAUGGCAUGGCUUUUGAGUUUGUAAAUAAAGAAAAUUAAACUUAUAAGUAAAGGAUUAGUUGUGGAUUUCUAAUUGGAUAACAGAUUGCAAAAGUUAAAUGUUUUAAACAGCUUCAACUCCUUUAAUUAAAGGAGAAGUUAGCUGUGUGGUAAUGUUUCCUCUGAAAUGGAGUGUUUUUUCUGUGUCUAGUAGCAGUGGCAUGCAUCAAAAGGUUGCAGGGAUUGUGGUCCAGACAAAUGUCAACAUAGAUUUUAAUGAACGUAAUAAAAGGCUACAUAAAUAGUAUUUUACCAUCACUGGGUUUGGGCAUCCCAUACCAUGCUGGUCAACAAUGCAGACUAUUACUAGACUGAUCUCUUGCCAACAGCAUGAAAGAAAUCUAGGCUCUCUGUUCAAAUCAUAAAAAAUAUUUUCAGUAUCCAAAAUAUUUGAGACAGUUGAAUCUUUUACCACUGUUUUAUAGUGAUAAUUUUAUGAUUUAAUAUUUAAAAAAAUUAGGAACAAAUAAGCUACUUUUGUAUUUGCGUUUAACGUAACAUCGAGCAUUUUUGCUUUCAUUAAACAUGCAUUAAAGUAUUGCACAUAACUGUGGCAUCAUGCUAAUUUUCUACUUGUCAACCUACUUUCGCAUGUGGAGAAAACCGACAGCCCAUAAUUAAAUAUCAGAUUCAAGGGCAUUAAUGUGUCACAAGUCGUCUUCACAAAAAUUAGGUAAACAGUUUGGGAGUACGGGAAAAUAGGACCAAAAGUAUGAAUUGAACUUCUGUGUUAUCAUGCACCUGUCACUCUGUCAAUCAACAGAAGUUUGUUAUCAAACAUUUAAGCAGCUCAGACCUCCCCAUUGUAGAAGUACAUUGUGCACAAGUGUACUUUUCUCACUCGAUGGGAAAACUUUUAAUGAGGAGAGUUUGAGGUAGAACAAAGGCUUGUCCGUACUGGUAGAAAAGUCCUUUCUAUUUCUGAAAUAAAUGUUCUGACAAGAUAUUGAUUCAAAGAAUAAUUUUAGUCAAUCAAAAAGAUUCAGUUUUUAAGUCCCUUUUAUAAUAUAUAUAUCAUAGCAGCUAUUUUGGUUUUGGGCUUUUGAUUACCUUGCAGAGAUUUAUACUCAUUUUCCUUCAGUCCUUUACCAUGAUGCAUUAAUGUCUGAUUUCAGCAGUGUGGGUAUCUGAGAUACCAGCAAACUGAGCUGAAAACCUGUCAGUAAAUAACAUUAACUUUAGAGCAGGGGCUGACUGAUAUUGCUCUUUUGUCAAUAAUAAUGUUUUUAUAUCUUAAACAAUUGAAAAUACCACUCUUAAAAUGGUUUUGAAAGUUUGAACUUUACAUUUUAUCAAAGAAGGUAUCACUUUGUUGUCAGAAGCUGAAUGCAGAGAGUCUGGCUGAUGUCUGCACUGGGUAACUGGUUUCCUGAUGGUGCGUAUUUGUCUUUCCCCUUGAUUUUAUCAAGGACUGUAUAUUUUCCAUUGUAGACUGUUAUGUGGUGUUCACUGUCAUAGGACUGUGUUUAAUUAAAAAGAACGAACUACAUGGUGUGCUCACACCCUGGAUAGUGACACAAAGGUUCAAGUUUUUAUUUUGCUUUUGUGUUUUCCGAAGUAUAAUGUUUAAUGUUGUCAAUGGUCCAGCUUCUUAUUUCACUGCAGCAUUAGCAGAAUGUACAUUCUGAUGCUAAAUUUAUAUAUAUCUUGAAGCUUAAUGUAUAUAAUAGUAGUUUGCCAUGGGAUAACACAAUGUAAACAAGAAGUAGAAGCAAAGAUUGUGAGUCCUGUGUUUUCUCCAUUUGAGUAUUUUGUAAUUUUUGAAAUAUUUGUGACUUAAAUAAACCAGACAGAGCUGCAA